GUCAAGACUUCUUCUCUCCUCUUUAUAUCUUUCUCCCUCAUUUUCUCUCAGUGUAACCAUGGUAAAUCAAGCUCCUCAAGAUGAUUAUGAUGACGAGAAAUUGGCAAGACAAAAAGAAAUCGAAGAUUGGCUACCAAUUACUUCCUCAAGAAAUGCUAAGUGGUGGUACUCUGCUUUUCACAAUGUCACCGCCAUGGUCGGUGCCGGAGUUCUCGGCCUCCCUUACGCCAUGUCUCAGCUCGGCUGGGGACCAGGAGUUGCGGUAUUGGUUCUCUCAUGGGUCAUAACACUAUACACAUUAUGGCAGAUGGUGGAAAUGCAUGAAAUGGUUCCGGGAAAGCGUUUUGAUCGUUACCAUGAACUCGGACAAAACGCGUUUGGAGAAAAGCUUGGUCUUUAUAUAGUCGUGCCACAACAGCUGAUCGUGGAAAUAGGCGUUUGCAUCGUUUAUAUGGUCACUGGAGGCAAAUCGCUAAAGAAGUUUCAUGAGCUUGUUUGUGACGAUUGCAAACCCAUCAAACUUACUUACUUCAUCAUGAUCUUUGCUUCUGUUCAUUUUGUCCUCUCUCAUCUCCCCAAUUUCAACUCCAUUUCUGGCGUUUCUCUCGCCGCCGCGGUUAUGUCUCUAAGCUACUCAACAAUCGCAUGGGCAGCUUCAACGAGUAAGGGCGUUCGAGAAGAUGUUGAAUACGGUUACAAAGCAAAAUCAACAGCCGGUACGGUUUUUAAUUUUUUCAGCGGUUUAGGUGAUGUGGCAUUCGCUUACGCAGGCCACAAUGUGGUCCUUGAGAUCCAAGCAACAAUCCCUUCGACUCCUGAGAAACCUUCAAAAGGUCCAAUGUGGAAAGGAGUUAUCGUUGCUUACAUCGUCGUCGCACUUUGUUAUUUUCCGGUGGCUCUCGUCGGAUAUUAUAUUUUCGGGAACAGUGUUGAAGACAAUAUCCUCAUAUCACUUAAGAAACCAGCUUGGUUAAUCGCGACGGCUAACAUCUUUGUUGUGAUCCACGUUAUCGGUAGUUACCAGAUAUAUGCAAUGCCUGUUUUCGAUAUGAUGGAAACUUUAUUGGUCAAAAAGCUUAAUUUUAGGCCGACCACAAUUCUCCGGUUCUGUGUUCGCAGCUUCUAUGUUGCUGCAACAAUGUUUCUUGGUAUGACGUUUCCGUUCUUUGGUGGCCUUUUGGCGUUCUUUGGUGGGUUCGCGUUUGCUCCGACGACGUACUUCCUUCCCUGCAUAAUUUGGCUAGCCAUCUACAAACCUAGGAAGUACGGCUUGUCUUGGUGGGCAAACUGGGUAUGUAUCGUGUUUGGUAUUUUCUUAAUGGUCUUGUCGCCGAUUGGAGGGCUAAGGACGAUCGUUAUUCAAGCAAAGGAAUACCAGUUUUACUCGUAAAUGCUCUAUAAUUAAUGUUAAGAAACAUAUUUAUAUAUUAGUAUAUGUGUGACGAAGAUUUUUAAAGAUCAACAUGAGACAUAUAAUAAUCUUUGGUCUGAGGUUUGAAUGUAUAAUAGCUGGGUUUGUGUUUUGUGUGUUUAUAUCUACUAUAAUAUUGAAAACACUAUAUUUUGCUGUGC